AUGUCGAAAAGUAGUAAAGUUAGCAAACCAGCAAGAAAAUCUGGAGGUGGAGCAGCUCUCAUGCAACAGAUGGGUUUUCAAAUACCAAAUUUCGAUGAAUCAGGUAUGGGUGAUGAUGAUGAUGAUCUUGAAGCCGAAUUACGAAGAUUACAACAAGGCAGUGAAGAUGGCAAUCAAAGAUCGAGAGGUUCAAAAUCUGAUCAACGAAAGUUAGGUGGAAUGGCACAAGAUCUUCAAUUAUUUCAUAACGAUGUAAAUAAACUUCUUCGUGAUAUUGAUCGACCUAUCAAUGAUGAUGAAUUAUCUGAUGUUGAUGACGACGAACUUCUUGCCGAAUUGAAUGAAAUUACAGAUGAAAUCGAGACUGAAAGAAAUGAUCAAAUAAAACAACCACAAGCAAAAUCCAGUGGUAAUAUAGUGUCUGUACUCGAAGAACGUCAAUCAAUGUAUGCUAAAGCUUUAGCAGCAGCAAAAGCAAGUGGUGAUGCUGCAAAAUCUCGACGUUUAGAUCGACAACUUAAAACUAUUCAAGAAUUACUUCAAUCGGCUCGUGCUGGUGCACCAGUUAAUGAAAGUGAAAUUCCACCUGAAGUUUUUAUUGCUUCUCAAUCUGCAUCUGUACCACAACAAACAUCUGUGCGAGCUCCUUCUCCUCCACAACAACCAGCUGCACCACGUUCACGUGCUGUACCUUUACCACAACCACCAACUCAAGCAUCAAUUCGAACUAAUAAUAAUAAUAAUCCAGCUGUAUUUCAACCACAAGCACCACCUACUUCUACAGAUUCAGAUUCUAAAAUUGCACGACUUAAAUCAUUAGCUUUACAAGCUAAACAACAAGGAGAUAUGGCAAAAGCUAAAGAAUAUAUUAUUCAAUUGAGGACUUUACAAGGUAAAGCUAUAUCUACGGUUUCUUCUUCUUCUAUGCAUAGAGAAACAUAUGACAAUGUACCAGAAGAUGAUGGUCCACCACCAGCUUUACCUUUAAAAGCACCUGAACCUCGUACAAUCAUGGAAGCAUUACAACAACGGCAUGAAGAGUUAACCAAACGAGGUGAAGAAGCAGCCAGAAGUGGAGAUAAUUCCAAAGCAAGACGAAUGGAAAGACUUUCAAAACAAUAUGAAGAAGCUAUCGAUGCUACACGAAAGGGUCGUCCAUAUAAUUAUAGUGAAUUACCAGAUUUACCUGGUUUUGCACCGAUUCCUGUUCAACAAUCUAAGCCUCAACCAGUUGCAGCAUCUUCAACUGCUACAGCAGCUAGACCAGCACCAUCAAAUACACAAGUUCGAUCAUCACAAGCUCAACAACAACGAACAGUACCUACAGCAGCAUCGACUAAUCCAAUUAGUACAAGAAAAAGUCAACAAGCUCAAACACUUCGUCUUAAGCAAGAAAAAUUUCAAAAACUUGCUGUACAAGCUAAACAAAAAGGUGAUCUUGAAACAGCUAAAAAAUUUCUUGUUGCCUAUAAAGGACUUGACCAAAUGAUUGUAGCAGCUGAAUCUGGUUUACCUAUUGAUAUGAGUCAAGUACCUAAAUUACCUGAUGAUGAUAAUGAUAUGAUAGAUGAUGAUGAUUUAACACAAGAUUUAGCUCGUUCAGAUCGUGAUACAAUUUAUCGUCGUUUACAAGAAGAUCUUCUUAAACAAAUUCAAUUAUGUGCACGUAAUCAACAAAUAUAUUCACAAAUGGAAGGAAUAAAUAAUGUCAAAUAUACAAAUGAAUAUAAAGUUCUUGAACAACGUUGUGCAAAUGAUUUAGAAAAAUUACGACAAUGUUUUCAACAUGGUUUAAAACCACCAUUAUUUCAUUAUGAAAGAAGACAAAUGACUAUUGUACAAGUUAAUAGUGAUUUAGGAGACAAUGAUCUUGAGGUUAAUAUUCUUCGUGGUAUUAAUUUGCCCGUUCCACAAGGUCAAUCAGCAUCAUCACUUGAAACUUAUGUAUUCAUCGAAUUUCCUUAUCCAACUGAAACUCCUCAAACAGCUCGAACUCGUCUAGCCGUUGGUUCAGUAAAUGCUGAAUAUCCUGAUUCAUUGCAUAAAUUUUAUAUCAAACGGAAUGAUGCCAAAUUUAGACGUUUAAUGAAUCGAAAGGAAUUGAAAUUAGCUGUUUUUUAUAAAGCCGGUUUUCUUCGAUCAGAUCGUCCAUUAGGUAUAGCAUCAAUCAAAUUAGCUGAAUUAGAACAAGCUUGUACAAUACAUGAAUCUGUUGAUUUAUAUGAAAGUGAACAUAAGAAAAAGAUUGAAGGAAAAUUAGAAGUUAAAUUACGUAUCAAAGAAGCAUUAGGACAAACAAAAGCAUCAGACAUAUUACCACAACGAUGGCUUGUUAUUGAUCGUUUUGAAGAAUUUUCUCCACACGCAAAAUCAUCAUCAACAUCAAAAUCAUCAGCAGCUUCUGCACCAGCAAUUACUGCUAUUGCUCGUCUUAUACCUACAGGCGACAUAUUAGGUCAGUUGGCCAUAAAUAUGGCCGAGAAUAGAAAUAAUGAUGAAGUUGUUGAUAGCAGUCAAUCGAAUGCAUCUGAAUUGACUAAUCAUCAACGUCGACGAAAACAUCAACAUCAAGAACCAGCAUCAUCAUCUACAUCAACAAGUCCACAAAGUGUUCAAGUACUUAAUUAUGAAGCAUCACUUAUUCAACAACAAAUUGAACAAUUACAUGAUCGUCUUACACAUGAUCAACUUCAUCAACUAAAAAUGAAACGUCGUGAAAUCGAGGAACAAAGUGAUCGAUUAGUCGAAUUUUUACGUAUGGGAGGAAAACAAGCUGUACAAGAACAUGUACGAGGUCUUGAAGAAUUAAAUGAUUAUUAUGAUCAAGAAGCACGUGAAUAUCAUCAACGACGUGAAACAAAAAAAGCUGAUAUUGCUUUAACAAAAAAGAAACUUGUGAUGAAAGAAAUUGAUACACUUACAGGGCAACCAUCAUCAACAAGAUUUUGA